CCCAGUUCCUCUUUGUCCAUAACGUAUUCGGGUCGUAAAGCUACCGUGUUCGGACCCUUAACGCCUUAACGGUCCCGGCGUUCCUCUACCUGCCGGAAAACUAUCAGCACGGAGUGCAACUCAGUAGUUUUCUCUCAAUUUUGUUUAUCCCGUGCACCGUAGGUAUAGUUUCUCUACCGGAAAACUCGUUGACAAUUUCUUUCUUUCUUCAAUACCCAGUUGCUACUUAAUUCUCUUUUGGGUUCUUUCUUUGUGUCUUUGAUUGUACUAUGUACUUGAAAGAAGGAUGUUCAUUGCUGUUGAAAGUCCACAAAAAGUCUCUUCCUUUAAUCCUCAACAAUGUAAACCCAAGUUCCAAUGUUGAUCAACUUAAUGGUGGUAAAACCCCCGUUGAGCUCAAGGAAUCUGAUGUAUUAAAGAGACUGAAAUAUGAAGAAAAUAUUUCAAAUGCUUUAGAGUAUUUCAAAUGGGUUGCUAAUUCAACAUUUUUCAAGCACACCCCUUUAACAUAUAAAUUAAUGAUGGAAAAACUUGGGCAGCAGCAGGAGAUGGAUACUGUUCAAUACCUCUUGCAACAGAUGAAAUUAGAAAGUAUUAGUUGUUCCGAAGAUAUAUUUAUCAGUGUGAUUGAUUCUUAUAGGAGAGGUAACGCGGCAGAGCAAGCAUUGAAGACAUUCUACAGGAUACAGGAUUUUGGGUGUAAGCCUACAGUUAGGAUAUAUAAUCAUCUCUUGGAUGCUUUGCUUAGUGAAAAUAGGUUUCACAUGAUUAAUCCUAUUUAUAGUAACAUGAAGAAAGAUGGGGUUGUUCCCAAUGUGUAUACUUAUAACAUUCUUUUGAAAGCAUUGUGCAAGAAUAAUAGAGUAGAUGGAGCUCUGAAGUUACUUAUGGAAAUGUCAAACAAGGGGUGUUCUCCUGAUGAAGUGAGCUAUACAACAAUUGUGUCUUCCUUGUGUAAGUUUGGUAAAGUAAAAGAAGCCAGAGAAGUAGCCAUGAGAUUCACUCCUACUGUUCCUGUUUAUAAUGCUCUGAUAAAUGGGCUUUGUAAGGUAUAUAAUACUAAGGAGGCAGUUGAUUUGUUGGAUGAGAUGGCUUGCAAGGGAGUUGAUCCUAAUGUUAUUACGUACACUACGAUAUUAAAUGCAUUUGCUGACCAAGGAAAUAUUGGCCUUUCUUUUGCUAUGCUGAGCAAGAUGUUUGUUAGUGGCUGUUCUCCAAAUAUUCAUUCGUUUACUUGUUUGAUUAAGGGAAAUUCAUUAUUGGGACAUUGGUAUGAAGCUCUUCAUGUGUGGGAUGGUAUGAUCAAAGAGGGAAUUUUGCCCAAUGUUGUAGCAUAUAAUGCACUUCUCCAUGGUCUGUGUUUGGCUGGUAAUAUGAAUAUGGCUCUGUCUGUUUAUAGUGCAAUGGAGACAAGUGGCUGCCUUCCAAAUUCUACAACCUACAGCACCCUCAUUGAUGGAUUUGCUAAAUCUGGAGAUGUAAUUAAAGCAUCUGAGAUAUGGAAUAGGAUGAUAAAUCAUGGUUGCCGUCCAAAUGUUGUUGUAUAUACAUGUAUGGUUGAUGUACUCUGCAGGAAUUUCAUGUUUGAACAAGCUUACAGCCUUCUAGAUGACAUGGUAAUAGAAAAUUGCCCACCAAAUACCAUUACUUUUAACACAUUUAUCAAAGGUUUGUGUUGUAGUGGUAGAAUUGAAUGGGCAGUGAUGCUAUAUAAUCAAAUGGAAAGAUUUGGUUGCUCAGGUAAUACUACCACAUAUAAUGAGUUGUUGGAUGGCUUAUUCAAAUGUAACAACCUUACGGUAGCACUUCAGCUUGUUAGGGAGAUGAAGGAAAAGAACAUUGAAUUUAAUUUAGUCACGUACAACACUAUAGCAUCUAGUCUCUGCGAUAUGGAGAUGCUUGAGGAAGCUGUAAAACUUGUGGCAAAAAUGCUGGUUAGGGGAAUUAGACCUGAUGUUCUCACCUUCAACAUACUUAUGAACGCGUACUGUAAGGGUGGUAAGGUUGAAUCUGCAAAACAACUUCUGAAUGCUAUGAGUCAAGUCGGCUUGCGUCCAUGUUUCAUAUCCUAUACCUGUCUAAUAGAUGGACUGUGCAGUUGGGUUGGUUUGGAAGCUGCAAUCUGUUGCCUCCAGAAGAUGAUAAAUGAUGGCAUUCCACCCAUGAUAUCGACAUGGAAUGUUCUAGUCCGUCAUUUGUUUAGCAAGAUUGGCUAUGGAAGUGCACUAGAAUAUCUAAAUAGUAUAUUGGCAGCAGACUGAAGGUGUGAACUUGCUUCAGCAGAUUGGAAUGAUGAAUACGCGUAAAAACCUUCAUUGUGGAUAUAAACGCAGUAGUUGCAGUGAAAGCAAUUUUAUGAUGGAGGGGUCCUUCUCCAGACCUGCAUUGACUAAGUGGCAUUAACAACUUGUUUAGGGAUAUAUGGCUAGUAAGAAUCCCUCAAAAAAAGUUGUUUAACAUCCUCUAAUCAUAAUAUUUUUGUUGUAUGUUUAUUUACUAGAUCUUGCAGGUAUUAAAUUGCUAAUUUUUGCUAGGAUAUUAUAAGCUUAAGCUGGUGAGUACAACCAAAAGGCAGAAUGGGUAUUUUAAACUAGUGUCUAGUGUCUACUCUGAAAAAUUAGACAGCUCUAGUUGCAGCAGUAAUGAUUUAUAAGGUCAUUAUGCUCUGCAGUCUCUAUAGUUUGGAAGAAGUUUCAUAAGAAACCCCUAUCAAGGGCAUCUCUUUGGGGUGUCCAAGGAUUGACACAGGUCAGAACCGGGAACCAGACAUAUGAAAUGGCGUCCAUAUUUUUGUAGAACUCCACUGAUCUUUUUGGCAUGAAUCUUUGCAAGAGGCAUUAUGCAUAGAGCGAGAAUGGGUAAUUUGCUGUAAACGAAGCUGGGUUUUGCUAGGAGAACAAAACAAGUCAGCGAUCGAAAAUCUCAGAUACAAAUUAAUCAUAGGUGUUGGCUUAUUCGGAAACACUAUUUUUUUUCUUUUGGACCCUUUUUCAGUUCUAUCAUGGGAUAUGUACCUUGAAUUUCUGUUCUUGAUUGACUAAAGAGAACGGGUGUAGUAAGUCUUUUUUUCUUUAUUUCUGUUACAAGCUAUCUACCUGGUUUGUGUUUCACCUUUA